GACAAAUCAACCUCCACUGGAACAUCAUGGAAGAGAGCUUUUUAAUCUAAAUGGAUAAAUCUUGUCAUAAAAUCUAGGGUUGUAGUUCAUUGAUUCCAAUAAGAGCUAAGUAGAAAUUGAAAGGGGUCUUGACUUCAGGAUUGACAUGGCUGUGUUUGUGAAGAAUGAUAUCACCAGUACAGGGGCAGAUACACUGAAGCUACAACUGGACAUGCUAGCUGUGCUGGAGGCUAACAUGCUAAACGGAGAACACAAUGGUCUCAUCACCUACCACUUUGCAAGGCCUGACCCAAAUGAUCCAUACAGAGUUCAGUACAUUGAGGUAUAUGGAAGUCCGGAGUCAUUUGUAAAUCACUUAACACCUGAAGCAAUGGACCUCUUGACCACAAACCUAGCCCCAGCCAACCUCACACGCUUUGACAAGAACAUCUUUGGCACUAACCUUGAUAACAACCAGGACGUGUUGGAUAUCCUCAAGCCAUUUGGAGUUGAUAAGAUGCCUAAUAUUGCCAAGGGGUAUAUCCUUCACCCUAAUGCAAUAUUCAAAGAUUCCCUUAGUGAUCAAAAACCAACAAUGGUGGACUUCAUCAUGAAGACAAAACACAGGGAAGAUGUGAAAUCCCAGAUUGAUGAACUUGUCAAGAUGGCGAAAGCUGACAUUCUUACAAUGGCAGCAACAGAACAUGAUGACAUCAUAGAGUUGACAGAGAUUUGUGGUAGCAACAGUGCUCUAGUGAAUCACCUAGGUGCACCAGAGGCCAAGAGUAUUAUUGGCAAGAUGGAGUCACUCUGUGAGAGUGUUUAUGUGAAUGUAUACGGGGAGACGCACGAAGGGACCAAGGAGAUGCUGAAGGAUUUUGGGUUUGAGACUAAUUAUAUUAAUACAGAUGCUGGUUUCAUACUUAACCCAAACCCCGAUAGCAAUGGAAAGUGAAGAAGUGUUAUAUCACUCUUAAAUACUGUAGUUAUUCAGGAAAAUACUUUGCUCAAACCAAAGCUUAUUAAAGGACAAACCAAUAUUAUGAUGUCAUCCUAAAAUACAUUCAUUGCAUUCAGGGAACUUAUCCCUAACUAUGAUUAUAAAUUGUCAACAAUCAAUUUGUAUCAAUCAAAUAAUCAAGGUAAAUAAUUAUAAAGUAUAGUAAGGUUUCAGCACACACACUGCCCCCAGAGUGGCAAAUCCCUCCCAAAAAACAUAUUUUAAAUCAAAUUGCUUCUCAACCAAAUCUUGAUGUUUUAUCGGAAAUUUUUGAGCAAAUAUCAGCUUAUAAAGUCUGAACCAAAUCAAUUAACUGGUAUUUGAGUUAAUUGCCGGUCAGACAUAUGGAUGGUCAAAAAUAGACAGACAGAUGGCUUCUCUAUAUCCCUAUUCAAACUUAGUUCGGUUGGAUAACUAUAAGGUACAAUAACUACAACAAGGUAUACUCACUGCCUGAGGGUCAGAGAAAUCUGGCAUCUCCCCUGUGGUGAUUGUGACAACGAGACAUGUGGCGGCUAAAACUAUCACACCACCUAUCACAACAUACGGGUAGUGUGCCAAUAUUCUAGAGUAGCUGAAAAUAUAUAAAUAAAUUAUGAAUAACAACUCUUUUAUUA